AUGGUCAUGGGGGAGCCUGGUAGAGAGGAGUAUAAAAUCCAGUCUUUUGACGCAGAGACUCAGCAGCUGCUGAAGACAGCACUCAAAGAUCCAGGUGCUGUGGACUUGGAGAAGGUGGCCAAUGUGAUUGUGGACCAUUCUCUGCAGGACUGCGUCUUCAGUAAAGAAGCAGGGCGCAUGUGCUAUGCCAUCAUUCAGGCUGAGAGCAAGCAAGCAGGCCAGAGUGUCUUCCGACGGGGACUCCUGAACCGGCUGCAGCAGGAGUACCAGGCUCGGGAGCAGCUGCGAGCCCGGUCCCUGCAGGGCUGGGUCUGCUAUGUCACCUUUAUCUGCAACAUCUUUGAUUACUUGAGGGUGAACAACAUGCCCAUGAUGGCCCUGGUGAACCCCGUCUACGACUGCCUCUUCCGGCUGGCCCAGCCUGACAGUCUGAACAAGGAGGAGGAGGUGGACUGCCUGGUGCUCCAGCUGCAUCGGGUGGGGGAGCAGCUGGAGAAGAUGAACCGACAGCGCAUGGAUGAGCUCUUUGUCCUGAUCCGGGAUGGCUUCCUGCUCCCAAGUGGCCUCAGCUCCCUGGCCCAGCUGCUGCUGCUGGAGAUCAUCGAAUUUCGGGCAGCCGGCUGGAAGACGACCCCGGCUGCCCACAAGUAUUACUAUAGCGAGGUCUCCGACUAGGCCUCCCAGUCAGGCUGCCGCACCAGAAGCACCGGCCUCUCACCUACCCGACUUCCUGCCUCUCCCAAAGACUGUCCUUCCAGACUCUCAACAGCUCCUGAGCGGUUUCCCACUUAUGCUGUGGUCCUGCCCCGAGCCCCUUCCCUUCUGGAUUCGGGAACUGGGGAAAACACCAAACAGACUUGCCCCCCACUGUCCCAUCACCUCCAACCUGGGCCAGGCAGAGAAAUGCAGCUUCUAAGAACCACUGCCUUGUGUAGCCACUGGUGCAACAGCCGUCUUGGUGCCUCAGUUUCCCCAUCUGUAAAAUGGGUACCCAUAGCUACUGGUGGGAUACUUUGGGAUAUCAAGGGGCAGAGCACAAGUCCCACCAGAGAGUGCUUUUUACAUUUUGUACAAGGACCACUUCGGAAGCAAACGUAUUUCUAGUCGGUUUUAGUAAACGGCAGCACCCCAUCACAUGCUACACCAGUUCAGGGUGACAGUUUUCUAAUAAAGCUUUUCUAACAUUAAAA